GCCAGAAAACGAUGUGGGGGCAGCUGGUGGGCGCGAGCGGGACGCUGGACCUCGUCCUGCCGCGGAGCCGACUCGGGCGCUUGGCCAAGAAGGCCGACGUCGUCAUUAGCAAGCCCUUUAUCAGCGGUCUGCACUGCACGUUCGAGCGCCUCGACGCCGGCGGCGAGACGUCCGUGUGGCUCGUGGACCAUAGCACCAACGGCGUCUUCGUCAAUGGCAGCGUCGUGGGCCAUUCGAACCGGGUCGCGAUCAACGAUCAAGACGAGAUCUCCUUCACCAAGCCGGGCAUCAAGAGCCCCGGCAUCGAACCGCUCUUCUUUCGCUUCUGCCUCACGAACACCGAGCCGUCGACGCCGACGCAUCGCGGUGGGCAGAAGCGGCCGCGCAGCCCCUUCUCGACGCCCGAGCCGCGCGCGGUGAUUGACAGUGCGAAGAAGCUCUGCGUGUCUUCCACGACGCAGCGCGACGAGCUCAUCUCGGGCACGGAAGCGAUGCAAAAGGCCAACCAGGAGCUGCGCCAACGGCUCGUCGAGCACGGCAACCGCGAGAACGAGCUCAAGGAGAAGAUCCAGACAAUGCUCGUCACGAUCAACGAGAAAGAGUCGACGAUCGAGAAGAUGGAUGAAGAGCAAGCCAAGCUGCGCGCGCAGGUCAUGCAGCAAGACCACACCGUGCUCGACCUCACUGCCCGCGUCGAUGCAUACAAGAGCCUCGAAGAAGGCUGGAAGGCCAAGGAGGCCGAGUGGGUGCAACAAAAGGAGCUCCACCUCACGACAGCCGCCGACCUCAGCGCCGCCCAGCGGCAGCUGCAACAUGCGCAGAGCGUCAUUAGCGUGCUCGAAUCGCAAGCAGCCGAGACGUCGACCAAGAUGGCCGAAGCGACACAGCAGGUUCGGGACCUUGAGGUUGAGAACCACCAACUUCAGAUGCAACGCGACGCCGUCCAGAUGAAGCGAGAGCAGCACGAAGAAGACUCUCGCAGAAGUGAUCAAGAAAGCGUGCUCGUCAUGAAGGCUCGGCUUGCGACCGCGCGCGAAGCGUUCCACCAGAUGCAGCAUUACAUGGGCGUGCUGGCGGACCAGAUCCAGAUCCCAAGCGCAUCCGAGGCCAGACACACUGACGCCGCCAUCGACGACGACGACGACGACGGGGAGACACAGUGCAUGGACAAGUCGCGACCACAGUCCUUGGUCGACUUGGCCGUUGUGGCCGACGCCAAGCACGAGACCACCAACAGCGAGGAGGGCAAAAGCCCGGAGCAGCCUUCGGCGGUCAAGCCGAAAGAAGCGAGGCGGCUGUUCACGACGACCUCGGAAUCCGAUGACGGUAUCAAACCAGAAGCGAGUGACGAGGACAGCGACGAAGACAUGACGGCGGAGCACCGACCCGAGUCCAAGGGACUCUCACCGGACGAGACGCAUGUGAUGGACAUUACGACCGACUCACCGCGGGAGGCUGCGCCACCGGCCCUCGUCGAGACCAAGAGCAAGCGCUGGCUGCAGCUCAACACAAUGGACGAGUCGCACAACGACAGCGAAACGGGCUUGUUUGACGAAACACAGAUUUCCCAAGACUUGCAAGACGAAUAAGAUACGCGAUGAUAAUACUUCACGGUUGGUACGACUGA